AUGAGAUGCCUUCAACAUCCUUCUUGUAUUUCUGUGAACUUGGCCCUCGAAAUAAGAUUGCGGUGCGAGUUAUUGUCAUUUGAUAAGUACAGCAACUCCAGGGAAUUCAAGCAAAACGAAAGCUCACAUCACUAUCACAUCGUGAAUAUGUGCGCUGAAAAUCAUUGCGCAAAUAACGCCUCUUGUCAAAGAAGUUCUACAGACAAACUUUAUCAGUGUUUGUGUCCCGCCGGAUACGAAGAUAUCGAUGAGUGUGCCAAAGGGAAUCACCAUUGCAGUCCUUAUGCCCUUUGCAAAAAUACCAAAGGGUCUUAUAACUGUGCAUGCAAGCCGGGGUUCACUGGGAAUGGCCGGGAAUGCAAAGAAAUCAAUGAAUGUGUUCGUGGACUACACAAAUGCAGCUCUGAUGCGUUUUGCAACAAUACUAAAGGUUCAUAUAAUUGCACAUGCAAACAUGGAUUCACGGGAAAUGGACGAGAAUGUAGAGACAUCGACGAGUGUGUCGUAAGGUCACACUCUUGCAGCCCUGAUGCCUAUUGCAACAAUACCAAGGGGUCUUACAACUGUACAUGUAAACCUGGAUUCACUGGGAGUGGAAGAGAAUGCAAGGGAGCUAACUCGUGUAAAAAAAUUCAUGACAUCCAUCACGUCACCGGUAUGAGUGGUGUGGUUACCCUUCUUGUUGACUCGAAACCAUUGUCCGUUUUUUGCCACAUGGGAAAUUUUGGGUGUGGAGAUGGAGGAUGGACGCCAGUCAUGAAGAUUAACGGAAAUGAGACCACCUUCCAUUAUGACUCACAGUAUUGGAGCAAUUACGAUGAAUACAACCGCCCCGGUGGAGAGACUGGGUUUGACAAACAGGAAACAAAGCUACCCACCUACUGGAACACCUCCUUCUCCAAAAUAUGUCUCGGAAUGAAGAUCGGCGAACAGUUCAAGUUCAUUGUCAUCAACAAACAAGCCGACUCUCUGCACUCACUGAUCGCUGAUGAGCGAUACCGUAACACCUCACUGGGUCGUGACGAGUGGAAAAAGUUGAUUGGCAGCGAGGCCUCAUUACAGAAAAACUGCAACAUGGAAGGAUUCAAUGCCUUUAGUACUUGGAGUAAUCGUUCUAGAGUCAGAAUUGGUAUUGUUAGCAAUAACGAGAACGACUGCCACACGUGCAACUCUUUAAUUGGAUUUGGUACAGGAAGCCACCCUAAUAAUGGAAAAUCUUGCGGAAACCAGGCCGACGAGUCAAGUCCAGAUAAUGAAUGGAAGAGUAUUAAAGCCAUGGGGUACAUAUUAGUGCAAUAAAACUACACUUUGUUGUCUCAAGU